UUUUUUUUUUUUUUUUUGCGUCGGGGAGAAGUCUGCACCUUGGUGUGCCAUUUUGUCUUAUUUCUUUCGUGGUGCACUGGAAAGAUCGAUGGCCCGUGUAACGCGCGUUCUGCUCGACGCUCCAGCCUAAAGCCAGGUGCAAGCAUGCAGGUGAAGAGAGCCUGGAGAGGAUGCCAGGAACACCUCAUCUAGCUGUCAUUACCUCUGCACGCGCGCUGCAAGACUUGCUUCAAGCCACCAAUGAGGACUCGACCCUGAGCAAGCUCCGCGAAUACGCAAGUACAGCAUGGCCGCUUCACAAGCAAGACGUCCCCGAGCCACUUCGGACGUACUGGGAGUACCGGGACGAGAUACACGAACAGGACGGCCUCGUAUUCCGGAGUAACAAGUCCCCUGUGCAGAGGCUGAUGGGACGCCAGACUAGAACUCUGCUACCGGUGCCUACCAGCCAUUUGGAACCGAGGACCAUUCCACCGAAAGUGGUACAGGGCCGCCUUCAAGAAAUACGGCAACGACAGAGGACCUACUACAACCGCGGUAGCAGAACACUACCGCCUGUGAAGCCAGGCCAGCAGGUCACCGUAUAUGAUACAAACCAGCGGACCUGGGCGCCUGCAGUCUUCAUCAGACCGUUCGGGGAAACCCACUCGGCCAUCGUUAAAACAGAAGACGGCCGGGAACUUCGGCGCACAAGAGAGCAUCUCCGCUUGCUAGAACCGCAACCAGAAUCAAACCAGCCAGAAGCGAGCCUUGUCCCUCCAAACGGGGCGUCCUCAACGGCCCCUACAGAACUACGGCGAAGCACAAGGCAACGAUGCGAGCCCUGUCGGUACCCUCUACCUGAGAGGCGCUAACCAGGUGUUAACUGCCCCGUAAAAAGGGAAGAUGUAGCAAGGCUCAAUAAGCGCCACGUCACCGUUUGUACCUUUAGUGCGCAUGCCUGGCGGCGGCACUAGUUGUGUAUAUAUACUCGUUCUUCUUCCGGCAAUAAAGUGGUUCAUUACCUGAAGCCGACUCGCA